AUGGUUCUGCUGCACGUGAAGCGGGGCGACGAGAGCCAGUUCCUGCUGCAGGCGCCGGGGAGCACGGAGCUGGAGGAGCUCACGGUGCAGGUGGCCCGGGUCUACAACGCGCGGCUCAAGGUGCAGCGCGUCUGCUCAGAAAUGGAAGAAUUAGCAGAACAUGGCGUAUUUCUCCCUCCCAAUAUGCAAGGACUGACUGAUGACCAGAUUGAAGAUUUGAAAUUAAAGGAUGAAUGGGGUGAAAAGUGUGUCCCCAGUGCAGGUUCAGUAUUUAAAAAGGAUGAUAUUGGACGAAGGAAUGGACAAGCUCCAAAUGAAAAGAUGAAGCAAGUUUUAAAGAAGACUAUAGAAGAAGCCAAAGCCAUAAUAUCGAAGAAACACGUGGAAGCCAAUGUCUGCGUUACCAUGGAAAUGGUGCAAGACGCCUUGGACCAGCUUCGAGGUGCAGUGAUGAUUGUUUAUCCCAUGGGGUUGCCGCCAUACGAUCCUAUCCGGAUGGAAUUUGAAAAUAAAGAAGAUCUGUCGGGGAGUCAGGCAGCACUCAGUGUCAUCACAGAAUCAGAGGCACAAUUGUGGUGGGCAGCGAAGGAACUAAGACGAACAAAGAAGCUUUCGGACUACGUGGGGAAGAAUGAAAAAACCAAAAUUAUCGUCAAGAUUCAGCGGAGGGGACAAGGAGCUCCAGCGCGAGAACCCAUCAUUAGCAGUGAGGAACAGAAACAGCUGAUGCUCUUCUAUCACAGAAGACAAGAGGAGCUCAAGAAACUGGAAGAAAAUGACGACGAUUCCUGUUUAAAUUCUCCGUGGGCAGAUAACACUGCUUUGAAAAGACAUUUUCAUGGAGUAAAAGACAUAAAGUGGAGACCAAGAUGAAGUUCAGCGGUUGAUGAGGCUUUCUAAAAUAUUAGCUCACCUUUCCUUUAGGCAAAAUAAUAAUAAUAAUAACUAAAAAGGACACCCACAGCUCUCUUUGAAAGUUGUUGAAAUUUCUGGUUUUCCUAGUGGUUUUUUCAGUUUGAAUUUUUAAAAUAAAAGUUAUUCAAGGUUUUAGAACUUAAUAAAUACAUCCUCAAAAGAA